AUGCGGAUAUUCCUUGUCUCUGUAAUACUAAUAAAUGCCUGCUGGGCUGGACCAAUUGUUGAAACAAACUACGGAAAAGUGGAGGGAAUAGAAUAUGAAGGAGCCGAAGUUUUUCUCGCAAUUCCGUUUGCCAAGCCACCAGUCGAUGAUUUGAGAUUUGAGAAGCCAGUCGCCCCUGAUCCAUGGGAAGAUGUCUACCCAGCAACCCAAUACCGAAACGAUUGCACUCCUCACUAUCGUUUAGUCGCUCAAUUCUCUAGCUAUUCCGGUGAAGAUUGUCUCACACUGAAUAUCAUUAAGCCCAAAAAGGCUGAAAAGCUGCCAGUUCUGUUCUGGAUUCACGGGGGUGGAUAUGAAAUCGGUUCGGCUAGUCAACAUGGUUACGAGUUUUUCGCCAAGAGGUAUGCUUCACAAGGAGUUAUUGUGGCUACAGUUCAGUAUCGGCUUGGAUUCAUGGGAUUCUUCAGCGAAGGAACAUCUGAUGUUCAAGGAAACUGGGGCCUUUUUGAUCAAGCUGCCGCUCUGGAAUUUGUUAAAUCAAAUAUAGAAAAUUUUGGUGGUGACCCGAAUCAGAUAACAAUUUGGGGAUACAGUGCAGGAGCAGCAAGUGUCUCUCAGCUCACUAUGAGCCCGUAUACUAGAGAUUCAUACUCGAAGGCUAUUAUCAUGUCGGCCAGCUCUUUUGUCGGAUGGGCCACCGGUCCAAACGUCGUGGAAACUUCGAAGCAACUCGCAGAAAUAUUGGGGUGUCCAUGGCCUGGAGCAAAGGAGUGCAUGAAGAAAAAAUCGCUCCAUGAAAUUUUUGACGCAAUUGAAGUUCAGGGAUGGACAACUGGGACAAUCGAUAUUUUGAGAUGGUCCCCUGUAAUUGAUGGAGAUUUUAUGACAAAGAAUCCUGAAGAGCUUAUCAAGGAGUCUCCAGUAAAGCCAACAUUGAUUGGAAUGAGCAACAAGGAAGGGUCGUAUUUUGCCGCUUUGAAUAUGGGACGAGUGAUUGCCGAUUUCGGAUUGUCACCAGAAGAUAUGCCAAAAGUAGAUGAAGAAUUCAUUUCGGAGAUCAUCGGAAGAAAACUUCUCUAUAAUAACAGAUAUGGAGAAAAUCGCGAAAAAGUUUGGAACGAUAUUCUAGACUUUUACGUUAAGCAGGGAAAACCGGCAGAAGUGAAGGAUCUCAAUGGGUUCUAUGUGGAUCGAUAUUCAGAGCUGCUCUCGGAUAUCACCUUCAACGUGCCAAUUCUUCGUGAAAUCACUAGCAGAGUUGAGAGAAAAACUCCAGUUUGGACAUACCGUAUGGAUCACUACGAUAAAAAUAUUUGGAAAAAGCAUAUUCCAGAGCAAGCAAGAGGCUCUCCGCAUGCUAAUGAAUACCAUUAUCUAUUUGAUAUGCCAGUGAUGGCAAAAAUUGAUAUGAAGAAAGAACCGGACAGUUGGAUUCAAAAUGAUCUGAUUGAUAUGGUGAUUUCAUUUGCUAAAACCGGAGUUCCCCAAAUAGAAGAUGUAGAAUGGAGACCAGUUAGCGAUCCAGACGACGUAAACUUUUUGAAUAUCAGAUCUGAUGGGGUCUCAAUUGAGCAUGGUCUUUUCCAAGAACCUCUCGCUUUCUGGAACGAACUGCGCCAACGAGAAGGAUUUGAUUUAAUUGAUCCAACUAAUAGUGCCAUGCAUUCGUCAAACAAGGACGAGCUGUAAAAAUGCAAUAAAUUUAUGUAUUUAAUUGAUUUCGAAUAAAUAUACUUUUGCUAC